AAGAAGCAGGUGGGGAGAGAGAGGGAGAGAGAGAGAGGGAGAGAGAGAGAGGAGCUGUGUCAUUGUAAAUAGCUCACUAUAACUGUAGCAAGCCACCGAGACAUCCCUGGAUCUGUCUCAGGGCUGCCUACCUGCCAGGUGAGCAGAGAUGAUGGCCAUGAACGGUAAGCAGCCGUUCACCAUGCACCCAAUGCUCCAAGAGCCCAAGUAUUCCAGCCUGCAUUCCAGCUCAGAGGCUAUGCGCAGGGUCUGUCUGCAAGCCCCUCAGCUCCAGGGCAAUAUAUUUGGAGGCUUUGAUGAGAGUCUGCUGGCCCGUGCUGAAGCUCUGGCGGCUGUGGAUAUUGUCUCACACGGAAAAAACCAUCAUUUCAAACCAGACGUAACCUACCAUACGAUGAGCAGUGUCCCAUGCACUUCUACCUCCUCUGCAGUGCCCAUCUCUCACCCAUCCACGCUGACCACGCACCCCCAUCACUCAGUGCACCAAUGCCUGGAGGGAGACCUGCUGGACCACAUCUCACCUACUUUGACUGUAAGUGGCAUGGGGACAGCUGACCACUCAGUGAUGUCCUCUCAGAUCCAUCCACACCACCUAAGUGCCAUGGGACACCUGCAUCAGGCCAUGGGAAUGGGCCAUCCUCACUCUGUCUCUGCUCACAAUGGGAUGUCCUGCAUCAACGAUGUGGAGUCCGAUCCAAGGGAGCUGGAGGCUUUUGCAGAAAGGUUCAAGCAGAGGAGGAUAAAACUUGGAGUUACCCAAGCAGAUGUUGGAGCAGCUUUGGCCAACCUCAAGAUCCCAGGUGUUGGGUCUCUGAGCCAGAGCACCAUCUGCAGGUUUGAGUCCCUCACCCUGUCCCACAACAACAUGAUAGCCCUGAAACCUGUCCUCCAGGCUUGGCUAGAAGAAGCCGAGGCUGCCUACAGGGAGAAGAACACAAAGCCUGAGAUCUUUAAUGGGAGUGAGAGAAAGCGCAAACGUACAUCUAUCGCUGCGCCAGAGAAGAGGUCCCUGGAAGCUUACUUUUCCAUCCAGCCCAGACCCUCUUCUGAGAAAAUUGCAGCCAUUGCUGAGAAACUGGACCUUAAAAAGAAUGUGGUUCGAGUAUGGUUUUGCAAUCAGAGACAAAAACAAAAAAGGAUGAAGUACUCUGCAGUCCAUUAACUGUGGGGAUUUGCAGACCCUUUUUGAACUUUUAGUAGAGAUAUACAAAAGAGCAGGGAUCUUUAUUGAGAACUUCUGAGGACUUGCAGUAAAUACACACAAGAAGCCAUCCUUUGACUUGUUUGUUUCCCCAAUCUAAACUCUGUGUGAUCCAGCCAGAUAUAUAGUAAAGCAGUUUUUGGAUGAUGGUGCCUGAAGAAACUGGUUUUCCUGCUAGGUGCAGUAAUAUCAUCUGACUUCUCCUACCCCCACUUCCACAUCAGGAUAGUCCAGUCUCAGCUGUAUUGGUACUUACCACUACAUUGCAAUACAUGUAUCAUCUCAAACACUGGUAAAUGACAAUGCUUGCUGUUCCUGUACAUGUACAGUAUAGUCCCCUCACAGUGUUGCAUCAGUCGCAUAUAAGUUUACUAGAAUUUGCCACCUUUGCAGUUUCACCCAAAUGUUAGCUGCAGAUGGGAAGCUUCACUUUAACGCAAUGAACUUGCACAAGCACAGUAAGAAGUGGGGUAUUUUUUCUUGUUCUUUCUUUUGUGUUCUAUCCAGCAAAAGUGAUAAAUAAUAAAUUAGAACCGCAAAGCAUUUUACAACUGGGGGUUUUCAGUUCUUGUUUUUGCGAUUCUCACACCAUAUGUACCGACUGGAACUUAAACAAGUCUCCAAUUUAUUUGUAAUUUGGGAGCUGUACACAGAAUUGUCUGAUACACUCACAGCUGACUGUACUAUACACUGUGGUUAGAGGCUCUCUGUUACAUUACUAGUGGUUAUUCUGCACAGUGACUGUAGCUAAGUGACGAUCAAUAUGCAACAGUUUGCCUUCUGUCUGUACUGACACUCAUUUGGUUUGUCCUUCUUUUAUCUCCACUCUGUAUAAUACACAAAUUGAAAAAAAAAAAAAAAAGAAUCAGGUCCUUUUGUAAAUUCUUCAUCUCUCCCCAACCUCUCGUCCUUUAUGCAUAUAAUAUUUUAUGUCACUGUAUUUGGUGAAGUUCAUGUGUUUGCGUGUGAAUAUUUUUUUUGUUCUUUGAAUACAACCUGAGGUUUAAAAAAAUGUUUUAUUUCCACAAAUCAAC